AUGCCCGGGCUCAAUUUCUUGAAGAAGAUCCGCAGCAAGGACGGCCAUCACGAGCACUCGAAUGGCCCGACCAGCCCGACCGCAGCGAAGCAGACUCAGCAGCAGACUCAGCAGCAGACUCAGCAGCAGCAGCAGAAGCCACAAGCUGGAGGCACCGGGAACGCUGGCGCGGCUCAAGGUUUCGGUCCAGCAGGUCAAGGGCAGCAGCAGCAGCAUGGCGGGGAAGGCGCGACGGUGACGGCAGGCGCCCAACCCCACGUCGACAACCGCCGCGCCAACGACGGCGCCUUUUUGAACUCUGAACAGCCUCAACCCUCACCAUCCAACAUCUCGCCUGGCGCUGCCCCUCCUCCUCCACCCUACGACUCCCGCCAGAACCAGCAGCAGAACAGCCCCAGCAUCAAUAACCUAGUCAAUGCGCCCCAGGAUGAAGGGGCCCCUACUCCCAAUCAGCAGCACUCCUCACCCUUCAGCAAGAGCGCAUUGAACUUGGGCCCAACCCUCGUCCCGACCGUCAGCGCCAGUCCCGGCACGGAUCCCGCCGCCCUACAGAAGCAGCAGCAGGCUGCGCUCCCUCCACCACGCAACCCACCACAGUCGCAGCAACAGCCGCCGGCGCAGCAGCAGCAGCAGCAGGGCGAGCAGCCCACCGACGCCAGCCGCGACCCCGACGCCAUGCCGACCGACCAACCCGAGCAACAAUCGCAGCCGGCGCAGCAGCACGCGGCCCAGUCCGUGUCUGGACACCAGCACCAAGGCAGCACCAGCUCGACGCCCCGCAUCACAAAGGGCAAAUACACACUCAAUGACUUUGACAUGCUGAGGACGCUCGGCACGGGCAGCUUUGGCCGGGUCCACCUCGUCCAGUCCAAGCACAACCAGCGCUUCUACGCAAUCAAGGUGCUGAAAAAGGCGCAGGUGGUCAAGAUGAAGCAGGUCGAGCACACCAACGACGAGCGCCGCAUGCUGAGCGAUGUCAAGCAUCCGUUCCUGGUCACGCUGUGGGGCACCUUUACGGAUGUCAAGAACCUGUACAUGGUGAUGGAUUUUGUGGAGGGCGGUGAGCUCUUUUCCCUGUUGCGGAAAUCAGGCCGUUUCCCCAAUCCCGUCGCCAAGUUCUACGCGGCCGAGGUCACCCUGGCGCUGGAGUACAUGCAUGCCAAACAUAUCAUAUACCGCGACUUGAAGCCCGAGAACUUGCUCCUUGACCGGCAUGGGCAUCUUAAGAUCACCGACUUUGGCUUCGCCAAGCGGGUGCCCGACAAGACAUGGACGCUCUGCGGCACGCCUGACUACUUGGCACCAGAGGUCGUGUCGAACAAGGGCUACAACAAGUCAGUGGACUGGUGGUCGCUUGGUAUCCUAAUAUACGAGAUGCUGUGCGGCUACACGCCCUUCUGGGACAGCGGAUCGCCCAUGCGCAUCUACGAGAACAUUCUCAAAGGCAAGGUGAAGUAUCCCGCGUACAUAGCACCCGAGGCGCAAGACCUUCUCCAGAAACUCAUCACCGCGGACCUCUCCAAGAGGCUGGGGAAUCUUUAUGGGGGAUCCAACGACGUGAAGAACCACCCUUGGUUCCACGAAGUCACCUGGGACCGCUUGGCGCGCAAGGACAUUGAUGCGCCGUACACGCCGCCCGUCAAGGCUGGCGCCGGCGACGCGAGUCAAUUCGACAAGUACCCAGAGGAGCAUGAGAAGUACGGCCAGUUGACUGGCAGUGAUGAAUACGGCCACCUGUUCUCCGAGUUCUGA